GUACUUUGGCGUUGUGUGCUGCCGUAUUGUCGGCGGCUAACAGUAAACAGCGAUUAUUUGAGAAAAAGAUUCUCCUCAGCUGGGCAAUUUCUAUUUAUUUUUAGUGUUUUAGUAACAGGUAAUUAACAUGGCUGAAAAAUUCGAUAACCUAGAGGAGCAUCUGGAGAAAUUUAUCGAGAAUAUUCGGCAGUUGGGAAUCAUCGUCAGCGACUUCCAGCCUAGCAGCCAGGCAGGACUCAACCAGAAACUAAAUUUCAUGAUAUCUGGUCUACAAGACAUCGAGAAGUGCCGUCAACAGCUUCAUGAGAUCAACGUACCGCUGGAGGUCUUUGAAUACAUUGACCAAGGUCGAAAUCCUCAGCUGUACACCAAGGAAUGUUUGGAGAGAGCCUUGGCGAGGAACGAGCAGGUCAAAGGAAAGAUUGACACCAUGACGAAAUUCAAGAGCCUUCUAAUCUCAGAGCUCAGCAAAGUUUUUCCAGAGGAGAUGGGCAAGUAUAAGGCUAUACAUGGAGAAGAUGCCCCCUCCUAGUGACUCCUGCACCAUGACCCCCGACCUUCAACCUGUGACCCUCGAAAUGAAUGCCUGGAUGGAGUUUAACCAAAGGGGGUCCUCUGUGGAUGCCAGCAGAAUAUGAAAAUACCCAGUUAUUAUUUUUCGUAAAUGUUGUGAAGCUGUUGCCGACCAGUAUCCUGAGGGAGAAGGUUUUCUUUCUGCUCAGCACCCUGACUCAGCCAAAUUCCUUCUCUUCAUUUAAUUUCUAAACUUCAUUUAAAGGAAUUACAAAUCAACAGCAAGUACAUGGGAGAACUUGAGAGGAGAGACAAAUAACUUUCUGUGCUGGGUUGUUCUGUUGCCAGGAGACAUAUUUGUUUUUUAAUGUCUCUGUUGAUGCAGCAGAAUGUUUCUACAACUCCCAACUGCACAGACGAAAAUGUUAAGAGCUACACAGCGCCUGUCUGAUUCUGCAUUAACGAAUUUACUCCAUUGGUUGUACAUACGGUGUAUUUAUACUCUUACAGUCUGCCUUUUGUAAUGCUUCCUGAUCAUCAUGCAACAUGCAUUUGUACCACACACAGUUCAUAACAUUUUGUAUCAAGCUCAGGUUUCUACUGGCCAUGAUAACUGAAUGCAAAUGUUAUUUGAUGGUACUUCUGUGCCUGAUCACUUGACAUGGUCAGAAAUGAGUCCACCCUUUGUUUGUUACUUGUUUGUAUUAUAAUGUUUGUUAAUAAAUGAUCCUUGUUGGA